AUGGCGCUUCAUCGGAUGACGUACUGGCGUACGGUGGGGCGUGGAUUGGGGCUUGGACUGCUGGACGUGGCGAUCGUCAUCUCGUUGGGCAUCUCCAUCUUCUAUCUAUUUGCCGGAUAUGCCGUCCGUCCGUACGAAAGGGGAUUCUACUGCAACGAUACGUCGAUACGAGGGCCAUUUCUGCACAACACCGUCACCACAAGGCACCUUCUGCUGAUCACUCUUGUGGCGCCAGUAUUGGGUAUCGGCUUGUUCGAGUCCCUUUUCUACCGUAAUUCGAAUGGUGCGAAUCGUCUCGCCAAGCUCUACCGUUCCAUAUCCCUCGAGUAUUGCGAGUAUCUUCUCGCAUAUACCGUGUGCACGAUUUUUAUGGAAUUUUUUAAGUGUUAUUUCGGCCGUCUCCGUCCUCACUUCCUCUCGGCCUGUGAUCCAGAUUGGUCUCGAAUGGACUGCUCGACCGACCCCUCCGCCUACAUCCCCCAAAUCUACUGUAAAGCGACGGAGCAUCGCGUACGCGUCUCUCGCACCUCAUUCCCCUCAGGCCACUCCUCGGCCGCCUCGUUCGUCUUCUUCUAUUUCGUCGUGUACACGCGACGCCUAUCGACGGCCCUCCCCACAGCCACCUCCAUUCGGACGGCCAGAACAAUACUAUUGCCGGUGCUGGCAUUAUGGUGGAUGACGGUGUUGGUGACGCGGGUGACGGACAGUUGGCACUUUCCGACGGACGUCAUUGGCGGAUUGGCCCUCGGCGCCAUCUCCAUCUACAUCCCAUUCAAUCUACUGCAGGACCCACGCCCGCGGCGAGUCUUCGAAAAGCGCCAACUCGACGCGCCGCGCCCCAAAAACGCG